CGGGGGGAGGCGCGUGUCUGCCCUUCGCACCCCCCGGGACCGCGCGCGUGGGGUCCGCCCUGCCCCCCCCGCUUCCUCCCCCCCAGCCCUGGCCCCCCAGCUCUUGCUCCCGCCAGCUCCACCCCCCAACCCCCCGCUCCAGCCCCCCCAGCCCCGUCUCCCCGCCCCCCAGCUCCACCCGCCAAGCCCCCCCUUGUCUCCCGAGCUCCAGCCCCCCCAGCCCAUCCCCCCACCCCCCAGCCCCCCCUCGUCCGCCGAGCUCCAGCCCCCCCAGCCCUGUCCCCCCGCCCCCCCAAGCCCCCCCUUGUCCCCUGAGCUCACUUCUUGCCCCCUCAGCCCCUGCCCCCCCGCUCCCCCCCAGCCCUCAUCCCCUGAGCUCCAGCCCCCCCUUGUCCCCCUACUUCUUGCCGCCCCCCCCCGGCCGGCUCACCCGAGCUCCUGCCCCCCCGCGCCGCGCCGCGCCGCGCGGCUCCGGUUUCGGGCGCGGCGGGCCGUGACGGGUGCCCCCGCGCAGGGCAGGGAUGAGGAGCCGGCGACGCACCUUCUCGGCGGCGAUGCGCCUGGCGCUGCGGUGCCUGCGGCUGGGCCGGCGGUGCCGGGGGCGGCUGGCGCGGCGCGCGGCGCAGCUGUGGAGCUACGGGCGGCUCAGCCUGCGCUCGCUGCUGUACAACUCCUUCACGGACGGCGACGUGGUGCUGGACGCCCUCUUCGAGCCCGUGUACUGGCUGGUGGACCACGUCACCCGCUGGUUCGGGGUGGCGUUCGUGGCGCUGGUGAUCGUGCUGACGAGCUCCGUGGUGGCCAUCGUCUACGUCUGCCUGCUGCCCCUCAUCCUGCGCACCUACGCGCCCGCCUGGGUCUGCUGGCACCUCAGCUACGGCCACUGGAACCUGCUCAUGAUCGUCUUCCACUACUACAUGGCCAUCACCACCGCCCCGGGCUACCCGCCGCAGGCCAAGGGCGACCUCACCGGCGUCUCCAUCUGCCGCAAGUGCAUCGCCCCCAAGCCGGCGCGCACCCACCACUGCAGCAUCUGCAACAGGUGCGUGCUCAAGAUGGACCAUCACUGCCCCUGGUUGAACAACUGCGUGGGGCACUACAACCACCGCUACUUCUUCUCCUUCUGCCUCUUCAUGACCAUGGGCUGCAUCUAUUGCAGCAUCAGCGGCUGGGACAUGUUCCGUGAGGCCUAUGCGGCCAUCGAGACCUACUACCAGACACCGCCCCCGGCCUUCUCCUUCCGCCAGCGCGCCUUCCACAAGAGCAUCGUCUACCUGUGGGUGCUGUGCAGCUCUGUGGCCCUGGCCCUGGGGGCGCUGACACUGUGGCACGCGGCCCUUAUCACCCGCGGGGAGACCAGCAUCGAGAGACACAUCAACAAGAAGGAGCGGCAGCGGCUGCAGAAGAAGGGCAAAGCGUUCCGGAACCCGUACAGCUUCGGCGCCUGGGACAACUGGCGGGUCUUCCUCGGAGUGGAUGUGCCCAGGCACUGGCUCACCCGCGUCCUGCUGCCAUCCACGCACCUGCCCCACGGCACUGGCCUGAGCUGGGACACACCCCCGUGCGUGACGCAGCGGCACACACCCCUGCUGGCCAUCUGACCACCAGCGCAGACCCUCCCCAGCCUCGGUGCCCGGAGCCCUGAGGUCCAAACGCGGAUGUCUGUUCUGCCCCCUCCUGCCCCUCGUGAGCUGCAGGCAGCCCCUGGGAGGGUGCACGGGGCUGCACAGGCCACGGCCCCACCAGCACCUCUGCUGCAGAGGGGGCCUUGCCUGGCCGCCCCCCUGGGUUUUUUGUGUCAAAUAAAACCCGUUUUUAACCAA